AUGAAUACUGAACAAAUUCUUAAGUACGAUAUCAAACAAUGUUUAAAUUUAAUAAUAACUGGUAAGAAUGGAGAUGUUAUUGAAGGAUGGACCAGACUUCAAAAAUUAGAAAGUGAGCCUGUAUAUGGGCAAUUAAAUAAUUAUGAAAAUAUUUUACGAGAAAUACUCAAUGAUGAAAUAAAAAAUAUACAAGAAGUUUCAAGAAUUAUGAUUUGGUUUUCAAAAUAUUUGAUGGAGAAACCAUUUACUGUUCAUCCAAUUUCAAAUGAUAUUGCAACAAUGUUAAGAAAUACAGAAAUCAGUGAUAUGUCUCAUUUGACAAUGAUACUUCAAGUAUUAUUAGAACACAGUGUAUAUUUACCAGAAUCUGUGAGUCAUUCAAAACUUUGUGAAGCAAUUGUUAUUAGUUUGUCUACUUUUGUAAUGCCAUGUGAUCCAAAAAAGAUUUCAGAAUUUAAUGACAAUGCUACAAAAGUACAAAACUUUUUAAAAAUAGUAAGAUCAAAAUCUAAAAACAUUGAAAAUGAUAAUUUAAUUUUCAUAUGUUUGCAAACAUUAUAUAGAAUAAUAUCUGAUACUAAACAAAAACAAGAUCCUGGACCUGGUUUAGCUGCUGUAUUACAAGUAGUAGAACCUUCUAUUAUACCACAAGCUGUUAAUUGGAUUCUUUCUGAAUCACAUUCUGAUGCCCAAUUAACUCAAGCUUUAAAAGUUUUAUGUAGUUGGCUUCCAAAAUGGAUAGGUGAUCGACUAAGUAUUUGGAUUAUGGAAUUUAUACUUGGAUUAGAAAAAAGACAUAAAUAUUCAAUACUUAUUGAAGUUACAAAAGCAAAGAUUGAUGUAAUGUUUCGUGCUUUAUCUGUACCUGUAUUUCGUCAAAAUGCUUCCACAAUUAUAUUUUAUAUAUUAAAAAGACAAGGAUCCAACCUUGUUCAAAGUAUAGUAAGAAACACACAAAUAGUGAUAUCUUUUUUUUUAAUGAAAGAAGAUUCUGAAUCAAGCAAGGAAUGCAUACAAAAUUUAGUUGAUAUUAUGAAAAUACUUACAUUAAGAUUUUCAAAUCAGCGCGUUUGCAAUAAUUUAGAAAGUAGCUUUCCAGUUCAGCCACGAAUGCACAUUAUUAAAGAAAUAUGGAAUGAGCAUGUUUGGAUAGAUGAAAUGGAAGAAAUUGAACCAAUAAUUGAAUCUCCAAAAACACAUUUGGGAAAAGUUGGACUUUCAAAUCUUGGAAAUACAUGUUAUAUGAAUAGUGUAUUACAAGCAUUGUUAAUGACUAAACAAUUUUGUUAUGAAGUAUUGAUGUACAAACCUUUAAGCAAAACUGAUGACCAAAUUGUACUUAAAAAAUUGCAAAAUCUAUUUGCUUUGUUAUUAUAUUCAAAAAGGAUUUCCUUGGCUCCAACUGAAGUUUUAUUAGCUUCACGUCCUGCUUAUUUUCUACCGGGUCAACAACAAGAUAGCUCAGAAUUUCUCUGUCAUCUUUUAGAUCUUUUACAUGAGCAAGAAAAGUCAACUACUAUAAAUGCUGAAGCUAAUUCUAAUCUUAAAUAUAAGGAUGAUAGAGAAAUAAAUGAUAUUUCAUCAAUAAGUGAGGAAGGAGCUAGUAUUAAACGUUGGACAACUGAAGAAGAUUUAAGUGGAAGUAUUGUAUUAGAAAGAAAAACACAAUCAUUAGCAGAUUUUACUCAUGGUGAAGAUUUAGCACAAGUACAGGAACUUAGUGAUUCACAUUCGGAUUCUACAGAUAGUGGAAUACAAUCUGUAGGUGGAGAAGAUACAAGUACUCAAGUACCUCUUGUGCAUAGAGUAUUAGGAGGAAAAUGUAAAAUUACUUAUCAAUGUGCUCAAUGUGAUACUAGUUCUGAUAAUACUGAUAAAUUUCGCGAUUUACAAUUAUGUUUCCCAGAAGAAAUUCAAGAAAAUCAGGAAGUUUCUGUUCAAGAUCUUAUAAAUUAUUAUCUUACACCAGAAAAAUUAACUGGUGAAAAUAAAUAUCGUUGCGAUAAAUGUAUGAAGUUAUGUGAUGCACAAAGAAUUAUAAAAAUUUUGCAUGCACCUACAUAUUUAAUUUUAAUAUUGAAACAUUUUCGUUAUGAUUUUGAUACGAGAUUAAGAACAAAAUUACGGCACAAAGUGAUGUAUAAUGAAACUAUACAAUUACCAGUAUCAACAGCAUUAUGCACAACUACAGAAAAUUAUCAGUUAUAUGCAGCUGUUGUUCAUUCGGGUUAUAGUAUGGAUUACGGUCAUUAUUUCACUUAUGCUCGGGAUUCGAAACAAAAUUGGUACAAAUUUAAUGAUAGUUAUGUUUCACAAACGACAUUUAAUGAUUUUAAGGAUUUAAAACCACCAGAUACGCCUUAUAUAUUAUUUUAUGAAAAAACUGUGCCAUUUGAAGGACUUUAUGAUGAAGAUAAACCCGAAUUAUUAACAUUAAAUAAACAUUUACAAGAGCUAGUGGCAAAUGAUACUACAGCUUAUAUUGAGGAAUUGAGACAUCAAGCUGAAAAAUCUCAACGCGGACGGCAUAAUUCAAUAUUAUUUCGAAAGAAUGAGAAUUCCGAUGAUGAAAAUCCUCCACCUAGUAACUGUCGGGGUGCAGUUAAUAUGCCUGCGAGUCGUUUCCUCUAUUGAAUUAUUUUAACAUGAAAAUGAUUAUAUUCUUUUAUAAAAUUAAUUAAUUGUUCCAGGUAAAUUUGUAAUACAUUUUCCUUAUGUUAGUAAGAAAGUUAACAGUUCCUUUACAAGUACAGUGCUAUUAUAUCAAUUGGUGUAAACGCAUUCAAGAACAGUAUUGUAUGAAAAUUUUUACAUAUUUAUUUGUUGUAGUUUUAAUAAACUUUCUGACGUGUAUUGUUCUAGAAUUUCUAUAUAUGUAGAACAAAUUUGUACAUGAUUGUAUAUUUCACAAUUAUUUUUAAUAUUUGCAUAAUAUAUAAAGAAAAAUAGGCAAAUUGUUAACAUUAAUAUUACAAUAUUAAAAUAUUGUAAAAUAUAUAUAAUGAAUUUUCGCGAAUUGUAUUUAAUAAUUUAGUAUACUGUUUCUUAUGAAUUUGAAACAAUAUUUUUCUUUUAAUGUCAUAAUGUAUUAAAUAUAAGAUUAAAAAAGUACAUUGUUAUUGGAUUUGGAAAGUGUAUUAUAAAAUUGUAAUGGAAAGAGAAUACAAACUCAGUAUUUUUUAAGAAAUUUAAUAUAAUUGGCUGUGUUUUUACAUAAUGUAUGCAAAUAGAAAACAGUAUUUAUGUAAUAUUCAAAAUACUAUCAAUUUUAUAAUCAUAUUUUGUCAUGUUUUCGCACACAAUGAUUUGAUAUCCAUUUAAACAAAUGCCUUUUGUCAUAUAAAAAGAUAAAUGUUGUUUAUUAAGCAAUUUUUUACUAAUAUUUAUUUUGAGUUCUAAUAUUCAUUAUUUGUAAAUUGAUAAAUAUAAUGUACAUAAAUUUAUAACAUAUUUGACAAAUGGUAAUUGUAUUUACAUAAUUGUGACAGAAUUGAUCAAUGAAAUUUGAAAUUUUGUUAAUUAUUGUUAAAAUAAUAAAAUUAAAAGAAAGU